AUGGAAUGGAUUACACUGCUUUGUUUGAUCUCCGCAGCUCCAGCGACCAUCGCUACGGGACUGACUUCCACGUUAACUGUCCGCUGUUCUCUGAAGAACGAUGCAAAACCGGGGCAGGCCAUUUCCCGUGUAACUAAAAUCGUACUUAGUAAAGUUAAAGGCUCCGCCCAGGAAGAUGUAGCUAGCAUUGCUAAUGGUAAACCUGCUGUGGCUGGAACUUCUGCAUUAGGCGCCACGGUGACUGGUGGACUUCCCGACAACAAUGGAUUCGUGCAGGCUACUUGGUCAUUUCCUGGUCCCCAACAGACCGGGACGUACCACUGUGAAAUCACGGCACUGCUAACAGACGGGACCAACAUUAAGUUUAAGACUAAUAUUGAAGUUCGUGAAAGUGUUGAUGGCAUGGUCAAAUUGCUUUCUAAGUAUAAAGAACAAAUUGAGGUUUUGAUAAAAGCUCUUACUGCUGUGCAGCCUAGUCAGUCUGCAAGAUCUACAGUUGUUAUCAAAGUGCUUGAUAGUUCUAAAGCUACAAUCACUUCUUUGACUAAUGCUAUACGUGAUGUGCAAACCAGUCACUCUCUAGGGGCUGAUGCUUUGAUGAAGCUGAUUGAGCAAUCUAAAGCCCAGGUUGCUGCUUUAAAUGCAGCUUUAAAUGAUCUGAAAACUGUUGUCCCAAUAAAUUUUAAAAGUGCUUCACUGGUGUUAGCAUUACCCAAUGGUGAAACUGAUUCUUUGAAUAGGGCUCUAAAUGACCUCAAUACCAAUUUCUCGUCAAAAGUGAAAGUUUGGAUAAAGCUGUUUGACGAAUUGGCGGUUGCUAUUAAGUCCCUGAAAAAAGUUAUAAGUGAUCUGAAAGCCAAUAAGACACCAAAUACUGGCGUUGUUAUACGGCUGAUCGAAACAUCUAAAAUGUAUCUUAUUUCUUUGACGAAUGCUAUAAGGGAUCUGAAAAACAUCCGCUCACCAAGUGCUGAGAUUGUGAUAAAGCUGUGUUUGAGGUAUACAAGCGAGAUUACUACUUUACGAAACCAGUUAAUUAUUCUGGAGACCAUUGGCCCAGCAAAUGUAGCUGCCGUGAUAAAGCUGUAUGUACUCUCGAAACACGAGACUGAAUUGCUGGACAUAGACUUGCGUUAUCUGAGAACCAGGCACUCCCCAAUAGCUGCUAUUCUGAUAAGGCUGAUUUUACAAUCUAAAAAUGAAAUCAUUUCAAUAAAAAAAGAUGUAGAUCGCAUGAAAACCCCUGGCUCAUUAAAUUCUGUAGCUGUUAGAAAGCUGCUUUCCCGUCUUGACUAUCUGAUUACCUAUUACACUCAAGCUGUAAGAGAUGUGAAACUCAAACACUCUCAUUGUGCUGAGUUUCUGAUAAAGCUGCUUGAACGGACUAUAAACGAGUUUACUAUUCUAAAGAAAACUGUUAAAGAUGUUCCACUCUCUUGA